AUGGCACUGAAUACAAUUGAUGCUAUCCGCCCCUCGACAUCGCCCCUUCCCCGCGACGCUCAAUGGGAAGGCUUGGCGUGUAAUGAACGGCAGGUGCGCUUCGGCUGUGGAAAGCUUGGUGCCACGCCAGUUUAG